AUGGUGCGCUUCCACGUCCUGGGCGACGCCCUGGUGGACGUUGUCUGCGGCGGCCUCGCCCAGCUGCCCUCGCCGGAGGGCGAUGCCACGGCGGAGCACAUCGCGUUGCGCGCGGGUGGAAGUGCCUUGAACACUGCUGUGCACCUAGCCUCUUUGGUUGGACCUGGCCGUGUGACCUUUUACGCCUGUGUCGGAAAGGACGCCUUUGCAGACAUGCUGACCGCGCGGCUGGAAAGCAUGGGGAUCGAAGCGAAGCUUCAGAGACACAGCGAAAAGUCCACAGGAUCCUGUGUGAUCCUCAGCGGCCCAUCUUUGGGCCGUUCCUUCGUGACCUGCUACGGCGCCGCGCCGGAGCUGGAUGUUGAGCUGCUGGCGCAAAGCCUGCAGUCUGAGCUGGAACGAGCUGAUGAGCCCGUUCACAUCCACCUGGGAGGAGUGUAUUCCUAUGGCCCCACGUUGCGUCAGACACUGCCCAGCUUCCUACGGCGCUUGCGCGCUACAAGCCGCGCCUUGCGGCGGCCGACGGUGUCGCUGGAUGCCAACGGACAUGAGGCAGAUCAACUGGAAGGUGUCCGGGCUUUGCUGCCUGAAAUCGAUCUCUUUAAGGGCAACGUCAAAGAGGUGGAAGCUUUGCUGGGACUAGGGUGGCCAGAUGCCAUGGCAGAAGUCACAAGCCAAGGCUGUGCUGCGGUGAUCACAUGCGGGGCGGAAGGUGCUCACUGGCGUCUGGGCUCUGCCUGCGGCUCCGCCAAACCGCCGCCGAUCACGCCGUUGGACUCCACGGGCGCCGGAGACGCCUGCGGCGCGGCGCUGCUAGCGCGAUGGAGUUCUGGUGAAGACUUGGAGAGCGCCACUGCCUUUGCCUGCGCCGCUGGAGCAUGGAACUGCACCAAGCUUGGAGGAUGUGAAACACCGGCCACCGAAGAAACCGUUCGAGCUCUGAUGCAGCAGUGA